GAUGGGAGUUACCGCCCCUCCUGGCUCCUGCUGCUCUCGCAUCCUUGUGCAAUGGUACUGUUUGCAGUGAUGCUCAGAGGGCAGGCACCUGCUGCUCUGUAAUGAUUCAGCCUCUUUCAGUCGCUGCGUUAACAGGACAGGAUGCUGUUGCUACUGUCGCUGCUGCCUCUCCUGCCACCGCCGCUGCUGCCGCCGCCGCCGCCGCCUCUGGUCUUGCUUUUGCUUUUACUUCUCCUGCAUGACAGUUGUUUUCUUCCUCUAAGCAGACACCAGCUUCAGACGCUUGAGGUGAGAAACAUGCCUUUCAGUUUGGGAUACUGGUUUACUUAAUGAGCCAGGCAUCGGCUUGCUUCCUAUUUUGGUCCUCUGCUUUCUUGACCACCCGGGAUGGUUUAGAGAAGCGUUUGAAAGAACUGGAAAAGUGUCCCAGACACAUCAGCUCAAGAUAUUUUGGUACACUUCUAUUUCGUAGUUGAUAGAAGCCCUUUCGUUUUCUUUUUUCUUUUUCUUUUCUUUUCCUUGCUUCCUCCUGAGCUCUCUUACUUUUGAUAAUGGCCUUGGACUUGGAUGCCUUAUCGAUUUCCCCCUCCAAGAUGCUGUAUCAUUUGGUUGGGGGGGGCUCUGCAUGGUAAUGCACUGUGAGACAGGCCAGGCCUUCUGGAGGUGAGCCGAUGGAGAUUUAUUCCCCAGACAUGUCUGAGGUAGCUGGCGGGAGGUCCUCCAGCCCCUCCACUCAGCUGAGUGCAGACCCAUCUCUGGAUGGGCUUCCGGAUACGGAGCACAUGCCAGACACCCACACUGAAGACGGGAGAAGCUCUGGACUCCUGGGCCUGGCAGUGCCCUGCUGUGUGUGCCUGGAAGCAGAGCGCCUGAGAGGGUGCCUCAACUCAGAGAAGAUCUGCAUUGUCCCCAUUCUGGCUUGCCUAGUCAGCCUCUGCCUCUGCAUUGCUGGCCUAAAGUGGGUGUUCGUGGACAAGAUAUUUGAAUAUGACUCUCCUACUCACCUUGACCCUGGGGGGUUAGGCCAGGACCCUGUUAUUUCUCUGGAUCCAACUGCUGCCUCAGCUGUUUUGGUGUCAUCUGAGGCCAACGCUUCACCUGUGUCUAGGGCUCUAUCUGAGCCUGAGGUUCAUGUUACAGUGCAAGCUGACAAUGUUGCUGUGGCCUCUGAACCUUCAGCAGGACCAACCCGGAAGAAUCGCCUGUCUGCUUUUCCUCCCUUACUCUCUACCGCACCACCCUUCCCUUCUCCAGCUCGGACCCCUGAGGUGAGAACACCCAAGUCAGCAACCCAGCCACAAACAACAGAAACUAAUCUCCAAACUGCUCCUAAACUUUCCACGUCUACAUCCACGACUGGGACCAGCCAUCUUGUAAAGUGUGCAGAGAAGGAGAAGACUUUCUGUGUGAAUGGUGGCGAAUGCUUCAUGGUGAAAGACUUGUCUAACCCUUCAAGAUAUUUGUGCAAGUGCCCAAAUGAGUUUACUGGUGAUCGUUGCCAAAACUACGUAAUGGCCAGCUUCUACAUGACUUCUAAUAGGGAAAGGCAAGAGACACAGAAGCUUCUAGAAACAAAAUUGGAUCAUAGCCUCAUGAAAGAAAUGAGGAAUGAACAUCUUGGGAUUGAAUUUAUGGAAGCGGAGGAACUCUACCAGAAGAGAGUGCUGACAAUUACUGGCAUCUGUAUCGCCCUGCUGGUGGUCGGCAUCAUGUGUGUGGUGGCCUACUGCAAAACCAAGAAACAGAGGCAAAAGCUUCAUGAUCGGCUUCGGCAGAGUCUUAGAUCGGAACGGAACAACAUGGUGAACAUAGCCAAUGGGCCUCACCAUCCAAACCCACCACCAGAGAACGUGCAGCUGGUGAAUCAAUAUGUAUCUAAAAACAUCAUCUCCAGUGAGCAUAUUGUUGAGAGAGAAGUGGAAACCUCCUUUUCCACAAGUCACUACACUUCCACAGCUCAUCACUCCACGACUGUCACCCAGACUCCUAGUCACAGUUGGAGUAACGGGCACACAGAAAGCAUCGUUUCAGAAAGUCACUCUGUAAUCAUGAUGUCGUCAGUAGAAAACAGUAGGCACAGCAGCCCCGCUGGGGGCCCACGAGGACGUCUUCAUGGCCUGGGAGGCCCUCGCGAGUGUAACAGCUUCCUCAGGCAUGCCAGAGAAACCCCUGACUCGUACCGAGACUCUCCUCACAGUGAAAGGUAUGUAUCAGCCAUGACCACCCCGGCUCGUAUGUCACCAGUAGAUUUCCACACACCAAGCACCCCUAAAUCGCCCCCUUCGGAAAUGUCUCCACCUGUGUCCAGCAUGACGGUGUCCAUGCCCUCCAUGGCAGUCAGCCCAUUUGUGGAAGAAGAGAGGCCUCUGCUUCUUGUGACGCCACCAAGGCUCCGGGAAAAGAAGUAUGAUCACCUCCAGCAACUCAACUCCUUUCAUCACAACCCUGCACAUCAGAGUACCAGCCUCCCCCCUAGCCCAUUGAGGAUAGUGGAGGAUGAGGAGUAUGAAACGACCCAGGAGUAUGAGCCAGUUCAAGAGCCUGUUAAGAAACUCACCAACAGCCGACGGGCCAAAAGAACCAAGCCCAAUGGCCACAUUGCCAAUAGGUUGGAAAUGGACAGCAACACAAGUUCUUUGAGCAGUAACUCAGAAAGUGAAACAGAAGAUGAAAGAGUGGGUGAAGAUACACCAUUCCUGGGCAUACAGAACCCCCUGGCAGCCACUCUUGAGGCGGCUCCUGCCUUCCGUCUGGCUGAUAGCAGGACUAACCCAGCAGGCCGCUUCUCAACGCAGGAAGAAUUGCAAGCCAGGCUGUCUAGUGUAAUCGCUAACCAAGACCCUAUCGCUGUAUAAAACCUAAAUAAACACAUAGAUUCACCUGUAAAACUUUAUUUUAUAUAAUAAAGUAUUUCACCUUAAAUUAAACAAUUUAUUUUAUUUUAGCAGUUCUGCAAAUAGAAAACAGGAAAAACUUUUAUAAAUUAAAUAUAUGUAUGUAAAAAUGUGUUAUGUGCCAUAUGUAGCAAUUUUUUACAGUAUUUCAAAAACGAGAAAGAUAUCAAUGGUGCCUUUAUGUUAUGUUAUGUUGAGAGCAAGUUUUAUACAGUUACAGUGACUGCUUUUUCACAGUAUUUCAGCAAAACCUCCCAUAUGUUCAGUUUUUGCUGGCUUCUCGUGCGUUGCAUUAUGAUGUUGACUGGAUGUAUGAUUUGCAAGGCUAGCAGCUGUCCCUCUGUUUGCUUCCAGUAGCACUCAACCAGUACUGUCUUGAAAUGGCACAUCCGUCCCAAUACUCUUCUAUUUUGUAUGAAGUCUUUGCUUUCCGAACAUGAAUGAGUUCUCUCUACUCUGUCAGCCAAAGGUUUGCUUCACUGGGCUCUGAGAUAAUAGUAGACCCAACAGCAUGCUACUAUUACAUAUAGCAGGAAACUGCAUUAAGUAAUGUUAAAUAUUAGGAAGAAAGUAAUACUGUGAUUUUUAAAAAACAAACUAUAUUAUUAAUCAGAAGACAGAUUGCUCUUGCUAAAAGGAGCUACCAUUGACUUUAAUUUUAAGUUUUUAGUUGUUGUUGCUCUUGACAAUGAGUAGCAGCUUCAAGUACAGCUUAGAAAGUGGGUUCUGGCUUGCUAUCCAGAUAUAUCUUAACAACUUAGAAAGGACUCAGUUUUACUUUCUCUCUUGGGGGAGGGGCAUGAUCCAGCAGUUCAUCUGUUGACCAGCCAACCACAGCUGCUAAAGGUGCAAUCCUUUCUGACAUAAUUUUUCAACUGACUGGUGGAACCCUCUUCUCAGCUCUAGAAGAGGUACAUUGUGUCAUGAAGCCUCAGCCCCAAGAGUAUACUCAGCCAUCUGUUCAAACCACUUGUAAAGUACAGUGUGCCUGUGAUACAUAGCAGUGACUUGGCCAUUGUAGGAAAAUGUUCCACUUGUAGAGUGUUUAGAAGGGUUGAAUGUGUAGAAGUCACAAGGGGAAAGCAGCUGUGUGACUCAGUUUACAUCCUAAAGUUUGGUUGGCCACUCCUUUCUCCCAUUACAUUUCUCUUAUGUUCAACCUUGCCUUGAUUAAGUCAUAACUAUGCAUGAAUAUUUUUUGCCAGGAAUGGCCAAUGUGCAUGUGAUUUGUGAUUAGCAGGAACUUUCCACAGUGAUGCCUCACUAGGGAAUAUCAAUAGUGUUGGAAAGAUUGCACCUUUUCUUGCAGAAGUGACCCUCACCUGUGGACUGAUCUCUCUCCAUAGAUAGACUGUAUCUUCCAUUUCUAUUUUUCCUCUCUUAGUAUUUUUUCCCAUAUUGUCUCAAAAGCAGGGCUAGGAUUGGUUUAAACUCUAUAUGUUUUCUUAUUAUUAUAAAGCCAAUGAAUGCUUAUAGAUAUUAACAUAUGAACAGGAAAAAUAAGAAAAGUUGUGAAGUUGUGUGUGGUGGGGGAAUAAUCCCUCAGAACCUUUUAUAUUCCCUUCCUGUUAUCUGUCAAUCAGGACUGGAGCUUAUUGAGUUUUUAAGUAGGCUCCUAGGAGUCACAUAUGGGAAAAUGGGAAAUCGUUGAACAGGGAAUUGACAAAGUCAGUGACAAUUAUUGAUUCUUGUUUUCAGUUGAACCAAAUCUAUUUUCUUUACCAAAUCUUUGUUACAAGUCAAGGGAGGUAAUAACACAUGAGUAGGUCUUAGAAGAACAGUGCAGGCUGACCACAAGUCCAAGUGUUACACUCCUCCCUGUUUCUAAGAGAAGCUUGUCUGUUACUCUCACUAUUUGAUAUCUUUCAUUUCUUGGUAUUGUUCAUGGGACAGUUAUAUGUGUUCAGUGCAUUUUCCUUCUUUGCUUCUCUUUGCCCAUCCAGAGAACCACCUGCUGGUGAAAGCCUGCACUGGCUUCCCAGUGGCUGCAGAUAGUCAACUCUCCACAGGGAGGACGAGUCAGCAAACCUGAAGAUACGUUGACUUUGAAGGCCUUGACUCACCUAUUGUUCAAUAAAGAAAUCUCUUUAUUGUUACUUUGAAACUCUUAAAAAUUCAAUUCUCAAUUGGUUUGUCACUGGGGUAUUGAGAAAAAUCCCUUCAAAGAAAAAAAUGGACUCUCCUGAUAAAACCAAUGAGCAACAUUUUGCUAUCAUGAGAAGCCCUAUAAAUUUGCAAAUUGUAAAUAUAUGUGACCUUUUUUCUUCUGUGAUUUAUCUGACAAUCCACACUUGUCUUAUUAGCUGAAAAAGCCUUUUCCCCAAGAUAACAAAGCUUCCUUGGUAAGAACAGCCACUUGGCUGCUCGGGGCUACCUGCUGUAGCCUCUAGAUUUAUGUUUCUAGGUAUGUCUCUACAAUGUUUCAUUGCCAGAUUUCUCUCAACUAUCCUGUUUAUGCAUCUAGGCAGAGCUGUAGCAAUGCAUAGGAAUGUACACCUGGGGUCCUGGCAUGUGUGAAGAUGCCUUGCAUUUUAAGGGAGUUCAAACUACUCAGAAUUUAACAACAACUUUGUUUCUUGGGUCUGAAAUAAAAACUACUGAGAGUUACAUAGCGGGGUAUAGUAGACACCAAACUCCUUUUGUACUUACUCAAGAUUGGUUUUCUGUCCUGCUCUUCGCUCCUUUUCUUCCACUCCCUCAAGAGUGCCUGGUGGACAGCCUUCUGCUUUCUACAAAAUGGUCCUCUGUGUAAGAGAGAAUGUGUCUCAAACAGCAAUAUGCCAUCCCUUUCUUGUUUCUUUGUGACUGUCGAUGUAGGUGGAGUCUAUCCAGGGUAACUUUCUCUGUAUCUAUUCCUUUUUUGGCCUGAGGUUGAAGGUAUAUGGCUCCUAUCAGUAAAUAAGGAAGAUCUGACUUUCCCUUUUAGUCCUGGCUGCAUUCCAGCAGCUGCAGGGAUUUCUAUCCACUAAGAUCCAUGACACACUAUGGAGAAAUGCAGGCAAAAUGAAAUGGCCACAAAUCACAAUUUCUAUUAUAUAUUUUUUGUAAAUACAUAUUGUAUAGUACUUGGAUGUUCUCAAAAGUCAUUUAUUGUCUUUAUGAGUUAAUGUUAGGUUUUCUUCUCAUGCUGUAUAACAUUGUAAAUAACAUAAUGUCCUUUAUUAUUUAUAUUUAAGCAUCUAACAUAGAGAAUUGUUUUCAUAUAAGUUUAAGAUAAAUGUUUAAAAUAUGUUUUUUCUUUGCUUUAAAAUUAUGUACCUUUUCUUUUUUCAUCCUAAAGAAUAAUUUAUUGUUCAGGAGAAAGAAUAUAUAUAUAUGUUAUUGAAACUAUUUGAAGAAUGCCCAUUUGAAGGCCAUGAGGUACUGAUAAACUAAAGAAUUUAUUAUCUCCAAUACUAAGCAAUAAGUAAUUGUGAUUUAUUUAAAGUUUUGUUCAUUUCCCAAGGAAGUCAUACUGCAAUAAAAAUGCUACUCUGUGGAGACAUGAGCGUGUUGCUCAGCAGACUAGCACUGCAGUCUGCUAGAGCAGUACUUGUCAUCUAGCCUUGACAUCUGUGCUAUCCAGGACUGUGCAUCAUGGACCCAGUGAUCAUCUUGUCUCUGCUGAUUUUGCCGCAUUGCCCAUCCUUGAGUCACUCCCCUCCUAACUCUGUUUAACACUUCAUUGCUUGCUGUAGGAGACACACACUCAAGCAAUAGAAUGUUCCAUUCCACAGCCACCAAACCUCCAUUCACAAAGACAUCAGAGGGAAGGAAACAUUGCAUAACUUUCUGGAUCCUGCGUGUUGAUAUAUUCUGCAGUGACAUCAAGAAACUUAUUUUCAUUAAUGGCAAUGACUUACAUGCCAAUCCUAUGCAAACAUUAAGAGAGAGCAAAAACUAUCAUGGAUCAAUGGCCACAAUAGCCUCAAAAACAUCUAUGCUAAACUUCCCUAUAAUGUCUUUAAAUUUACUUCCCAUCAUGUACACCAUUUUAUAAGAAGGCUAAGGAGCAAUGGCUUUAUUAUUCUCCUCAUUCUAUCAAUAAAACAAACCGUUGCCCAAAGUACUGCUCAGGGAGGGGCCUAUGCACGAAAUACUCCUCACAUUCUAAGACUCAUCCUAGAAUGGAUAUAGUGCUUUUUUAAAUUAAGAUUAACCUUAUGAAGCCAUAUUUUAACAAAUAGAUAUUUUGUGUGUAAUUUUUAUAUAUUUCAAUCAUUCUACUCCUUAUCUCAGAUAAAUGGAGGGCAUUUAAAGGAUGUGUAAUAAAUCAGCCUGCUUUGAAGUUAGAGAAUAACCUGAGAUUCCUCAUCAAAGUUUACCUCCACAUGUAGACCCAAUUCCUGUUAACUCAUAAUAGCAUCUCUAACAUCUUUCCAAAGGAGUCUAGAUGUCCAGGAAACUUAAUGUUCUGAAGCCACAAAGUGAAUACACAAGUCAACCAUAUAUCAGAAGAUGAAAGAAUAUUUAAAAGUUAGAGUCUGGGACCUUUUCCUCGGUUUAUGCUGUAUAUUUGCCAACCCCAUGCUCAAACUAAAAACUGUAAGUGAUAAUAGCAGUAACUUAAGAUAGAUGUGUUAAACUAAGUGGUCAUAUCAUUUCAGGCAGAAGAGUAUGCAAAGACAGUUAGUGUAGAAAAAUUAAAAUUCAAUUUUACUCAAAUUAGAGUCUAAAUAAUUACUAGUAUUCUCCAGUUGUAUUUGACUCUUGAAUGACAAAUCUAGGGUUGUUCUACACACUAGAAAGACAUACAUUUUGCCAGGCACUCUGAAGAACUUUUUCUCUGCUCCAAUGACGAGUCAUCAAAGGUCUUAACCUCAAGGAUUUGGGAAUAAGUCAAGCUGGGCUGAAUUCUAAACACUUAAGGUACUGGAGGAGUGGGAGUCUCAGUUGUUCUUAGCAUCAUGUUGCACUGUAAGUCUCUCUCCCUGUCUCUGGAUUCUUCUCUCAGUACCAAUAAAUUAAAAAAUAGUUUAUGGAAACUAUUACUCCAAAAGAUUAAUUUGAUAGCAGCUGAGAGCUUCAUAUUUAUGAAGGGAAAACCCCUAUGUUGGUUUAGGAAGCUGCAUAUUGUAUCCUAGAGGGUAGUAUUAGAUAGGGGAGUCCAUGUUCUAUACAUAUCUGUAUGCAUAUUAUACCCUAGAAGGUAGUAUUGUAUAGGGCAGUACAUGCUCUGUACAUAUCUGUACAUCUUACUGACCCCCUCAUUCUGCAACUCUUACACCUCUCUCUUGGUUUUUAGCUGGUUGAACUUAAAAAUCAUCACCUAUCACAGGAAAAGGUUUUUGUUAUUGUAAAAAUAUCAUGAUCAGUGUCUUUUAGUAAUAAAAAUGAGAGACAGAGAAAGGAGUGAUGAUUCAACCCAAGGAUCUUCUUCUAAAUGUCCUCUUUCAAAUGGACUUCUUAAACAGAAAUUUAUGGAGGAAAAGAUAUCUCUUCUCACCAAACUAUGUUCCAACAAAGUUGAAGAAUUGAGUAUAUUUAAUGUCUUAUAUAUAAAUUUACACAUAAAUAAUCAAAUUAUUAAAUAUUAUUUUAUACUGUUUAUGACUUAAAAUACCAUGUAUCUUUUUAUUUGCUUCAUGCUAGAGAAAAAAUGGUGGAAAUUUAAGCCCAGGAAAAUUAAAACUUAUUCUCAGAGCAAUUUCUAUUGAGUUGUAGAGAUGCUGUAGAUACCUAAUUUCUCUCAGUUCUUUCUCUGGCACUAGCCUAAGCAAAAUGAGCAUUUUCACUUCCAGAUCUCUUAUCAUAGUACAAGUUAUAUAUAAGUCAGCUUUUAUUUUGGAGGAGUGAGCCUUCCUACCUUUGAUUUGCAGAUAGUCUGGAACCCAAUUUGCCUAAUGUAGCAACUCUAUGCAUCUUCCCUAACCUCAACUUUCUAAAGAAACACAAGUAUAGCUGUGGGAAUUAAUUCACCAUUUUGAUAUGUAGGUGGCAGAUUAUAGUCAAAAGGAGAACAUUGUGAUCAGAACAACGUCCCUAACUCUGACACUUUGUGGACUUGGGCAGCUUCCUCCUCCCACUUUCCUCUAAGGCUAUGGUUCUGUGAGGUUUAAACUCGAGCACAUAUAAGGAAACUAGAAAAUGUCUAGCACACAGUGAGUGUUCCGAUGGUUUUUGUCCCUUCUACAGCCUAAGAUCCUGGAUUCAAAUAAAGUAUGCUGCACUGCACAAGCUGGCAAGAAAAACCAUUGCACCAACCCCAUGUCAGCAAGAAAAUGGUUUUUCAGUAACAAAGAUAUGUUGAGAAGCAUUAUCACCAAAUAGCUUUUAAAGUAGCGGGUUUUAGAAGCUAAGACCUUUGUGUAUUUUAUGAGUAGUUUGCUUCUUGUGUAUCCCUGCCAUUCCAUGUCUAUGCACCAAUUUUUAAUGGCUUGUGAUAAUCUUUGAAUGUAAGUCCACAGAAAAUUAAUGAAACAUGACUCAUUGUAUAGUUUGCAUAAUGCCACCUUCACACUUCAUUCUAAGUUUCAAAUAGGACAAUCAAAAAUUUCUCUUAAUCCUACAUAACAGCUGAUCUCUAGACACCCAUUGGCCUUAAUUUUAUGCAUAAUGUCCACAUAUAAAUCUAUUUGGAAAAUUACAAUCCUAGUCAAGGCUUCCAGGGUGAUAAAACUAGGAAAGUCUCAGAUUAAUACCAAAAUCACAUAUAUUUAUGGAUGCUCGUACCCACCCCAUUAUCUAUCCAAUAAUUCUUCAAGUUUUAACUUACUCUUUCUGUGCAUAAAAUGAGAAUCUUUUCUCAUCUAUAUGAUGCAAUUGAUAGUUUAUAGGCUUAAGCUGUUUGAAUUCAGUCUUUUAGUCUUUUAAACCUUGAUCCUCCAAGAGUGUGUGACCUAGGCUCAUGAUGUUAAUCAUCGUGCUUGCAAAUAAGAAUUGCUAAUAGCAUUGGAGUCCGACAUAAUUGUUCAUGGAUAUCUUCCCUUUAAAUGAAGCAUUUUUAUUGGGAGCAAUUAUUAACUCUAGUUUAUCACAAAACAAUGCAAAGGAAUAUUUUCUCGUUUUUAAAAAUAUAGUCUUUUAGGUAGACACUUUGUGCCUCUGAUCAUUAGCAUCAUGAAUUGAGUAGGCGUUGGUCAUCACUAACUUUCCUUCUAAAGUGAGGAUAUUCUAAGUUUACUAGCUAUAUGCCAGGUUCCUGGAAAUUCCUACUACUGUGGUUAUCCAGAUUCCUCUGGUCCCUUAGAGUGGAGCCUAAAGUGAGCUUUUUUCCUUUUCUAGGAAGAGGCUACAUCUGGGAUAUCCAUUUGUUGCUAGUAAAUCCAUAGUAAAGCAAUCUCCAUCAUGAAGAAGGAGGAGUCAAGUGCUGCAUGUGACAGCUUGUGUCUCCAUUAACUACGCCCUUCUGAUGAUGAACUGUGGUUGCAUUCAUACAGGACUCCCUAGACAGCUUCCAGCUUACCCUCUACUCUCCCCAGCAUCUCCCUUUACCAAUUACAAAACGCAAACAUUCUAAUUAUGUUGAGGGGACCAUCGCAACUUAUACCCACCUAUCAAAAUUCCCAUGGGCCCUCAUAAUAAUGUGCAAAUAUUAUGUGUGUCUAUUAAAAGCUCUAAAGUUAUAAAACUAUACAACCUUCAUACCUUGAUCAAAAACCUAGAAGUGAUUGAAUUUAAAGAGAAUUCAAGGUAAUAUUCUUGAACUAAGAUGCCUUCCUUGGUAGGCCCUUGGGAAAGUUUUAGGGCUGGUGGAGGUGCUGCUUUUCUGAUACCUGGCCACAGAUUUCUCACAACAUGAAAAGAUACUAGCUCCACCACUCAUUCAGGAGCUCACUCUUCAAGGAGUUGGGUGUCCAGACAGGACUUAGGAGUAAGGUAAAUCACUUUCUUCCUGUGGAGAUGUUAAAAUGGACAUGCAGGGUUUCGCUCAGGUUAAAACCACAUCAAUUAUCAAAGAAGCAACUGCUGUUGGGAAAUAGCCCCACUCUUGUACAGGCACCUGACACUCACAGACUAAGCUACACUAGGACACUAUUUGACAUGUCUCCCUCCACACCAACUGGGUGACAGAUGACUGUCAAAUUGUUCCAUUACCUCCUCCAUAACCUUGCUUCGUCCUCGUUUCUUGCUCUCAUCCUCUGCCACAGGGCCACCAGCAUCCUGACUGACCUGCUUCAUCUGCUCUUGUGGGCCAUCCUUCACAUUCUGGUGAUGAAUCCUAACUCUCACUUCUUAGCAGGCUAGACUGGUGGUUAAACCAUGGCUUCCCAUGGACUAAACUCCUCAGCCUGACGUAAGAGGCCCUUCACAGUCUGACUCUGUGAGAUGGUUCUAGCUUGUCUCCCAUCAUCAUUGUUCAUUCCAAUCUCGUGAGUUUCUGUUUCUGAAGUACACCACAUUGAUGUUAUCAAAUCCCAGUCAUUGGCAUACCGACUUCAUAUUAUUUCCAUGUACCUCUUGUAUUAUUAUUUGCAUAUUGUUUUUGAUUGACUGCAUUUUAACUAAAAUAAAGUCAUUUCAAAUUAAA